AUGCACAGUGGGGAGAAACCUCGUGAAUGCAAGCACUGUGGAAAGACAUUCAGUCUGCACUCCAGCCUUGCUGUUCAUCAGAGAAUCCACACAGGGGAGAAACCUUAUGAAUGCAAACUAUGUGGAAAGGCAUUCAGUCAGAGCUCCUCUCUUGCUUAUCAUCAGAGAAUCCAUACUGGGUUUAAACCUUAUAAGUGCAAACAUUGUGGAAAGACGUUCAGUCAGAGCUCCUAUCUUGCUUGUCAUCAGAGAAUGCACAGUGGGGAGAAACCUUAUGAAUGCAAACAAUGUGGAAAGACAUUCAGACUGAGCUCUGGUCUUGCUGUACAUCAGAGAAUCCACAGUGGGGAGAAACCUUAUGAAUGCAAACAAUGUGGAAAGACAUUCAGUCAUUCCUCCAGUCUUGCUAUCCAUCAGAGAGUCCAUACAGGGGAGAAACCUUAUGCAUGCAAGCAAUGUGGAAAGACAUUCAGUCAUUGCUCCAGUCUUGCUAUUCAUCAGAGAGUCCAUACAGGGGUUAAACCUUAUAAAUGCAAACAAUGUGGAAAGACAUUCAGACUGAGCUCUGAUCUUGCUUGUCAUCAGAGAAUCCACACUGGGGAGAAACCUUAUGAAUGCAAACAAUGUGGAAAGACUUUCAGACUGAGCUCUGGUCUUGCUGUACAUCAGAGAAUCCACACAGGGGAGAAACCUUAUGAAUGCAAACAGUGUGGAAAGACAUUCAGUCAUUGCUCCAGUCUUGCUAUUCAUCAGAGAGUCCACACAGGGGAGAAACCUUAUGCAUGCAAUCAAUGUGGGAAGACAUUCAGUCAGAGCUCCUAUCUUGCUUGUCAUCAGAGAAUGCACAGUGGGGAGAAACCUUAUGCAUGCAAUCAAUGUGGGAAGACAUUUAGUCAGAGCUCCUACCUUACUUAUCAUCAGAGAAUGCACAGUGGGGAGAAACCUUAUGAAUGCAAGGAAUGUGGAAAGACAUUCAGUCACAGCUACUCUCUUGCUGUACAUCAGAGAAACCACACUGGGGAGAAACCUUAUGAAUGCAAAGAAUGUGGAAAAACAUUCAGUCUGCGCUCCAGUCUUGCUGUUCAUCAGAGAAUCCACACAGGGGAGAAACCUUAUGAAUGCAAAGAAUGUGGAAAGACAUUUGGUCUGCGCUCCAGUCUUGCUGUUCAUCAGAGAAUCCAUACAGGGGAGAAACCUUAUGAAUGCAAAGAAUGUGGAAAGACAUUCAGUCAGGUUUCCAGUCUUGGUUGUCAUCAGAGAAUCCACACAGGGGAGAAACCUUAUGAAUGCAAGCAAUGUGGAAAGACAUUCAGUCAGCGCUACAGUCUUGCUGUUCAUCAGAGAAUCCACACUGGGGAGAAACCUUAUGAAUGCAAUCAAUGUGGAAAGACAUUCAGUGAGGGCAGCUCUCUUGUCAAGCAUCAGAGAAUGCACAGUGGUGAGCGACCUUAUGCAUGCAAGCAAUGUGGAAAGACUUUCAGGCACAGCUCCUCUCUUGCUGUACAUCAUAGAGUCCACACUGGGGAUAAACAGUAUGAAAACUAG